UAAAAUUUAAAAGUAAAUUUGAUAAAUUCUUUAUAAUGGCCCCACGUAAAAAGAGUGAUAUGUGGAAUCACUUUACCGAGUUGGAAAAUAGUAGAGCCAAAUGUGGGUAUUAUAGUAAAAUAUUGAGCAUUGCUGGUGGAUCUUUUGGUAAUUUGAGUCGUCUUAUAAAAACAGUACAUUCUGCUGUACUUAUUUCAAAAGUUACUGUAAAUAGCAAUGAAAAUUUUGUGGACGAUCCUACAAAUCAUGGUUCAUCAUAUGAAACAUUAAAUGUUCCUGGUAUUAUUGUAAGUAAUGCGAGCCAACCUACUAGUUCCACUAAUAUUAAUCGUACUCAAAGCAGCACUAUGCAUUUUAUGCAGAAUAAAAAACCUAUGACAGUCAGUAGAUCAAAGCAGAAUGAUGAGCAAGUUACAGAAAUGAUUGUUAAAGGGUAACUACAUAUUUUUAUUUUAUUCAUAUUAAAAGUAUAAAUACAAUUUGACUAGAAACAAAAAGAAAAUUAAUAAAUAUAUUUUAAAUUAAUAUUAUAUUCCUACC